AGCUGUUCAGAGCAUCCCGGCCUGGAGCCAGGCACAUUUGAGCCUUGGAUCUAGCUGAAGGCCACCGCGGAUUGUGGUGCAGCAAUGUCGGUGUUAGAAGAAAGCCGACCAUUUGCUCAACAGUUAUCCAAUGUCUACUUUACAAUACUUUCACUUUUCUGUUUUAAGCUUUUUGUGAAAAUCAGCCUUGCCAUCCUCAGUCACUUCUACAUUGUGAAAGGCAACCGCAAGGAAGCUGCCAGGAUAGCAGCUGAGUUUUAUGGAGUAACCCAAGGACAAGGUUCCUGGGCAGAUCGAUCGCCACUACACGAAGCAGCAAGUCAAGGUCGCCUUCUUGCUCUGAGAACAUUAUUAUCACAGGGUUAUAAUGUAAAUGCAGUAACUAUAGACCAUGUCACCCCAUUGCACGAAGCCUGCCUUGGAGAUCAUGUUGGCUGUGCCAGAACUCUUCUGGAAGCUGGAGCUAAUGUAAAUGCCAUCACAAUAGACGGUGUGACUCCAUUAUUCAAUGCCUGCUCACAAGGCAGUACAAGCUGUACAGAACUUCUUUUGGAAUAUGGUGCCAAACCACAGCUAGAGUCAUGUCUUCCUUCUCCCACACAUGAGGCCGCCAGUAAAGGUCACCAUGAAUGUCUAGAAAUACUGAUAUCCUGGGGCAUAGAUGUUGACCAAGACAUUCCUCAUUUGGGAACUCCUCUGUAUGUAGCUUGUAUGUCACAGCAAUUCCAUUGCGUUCGGAAGCUUCUUUACGCUGGUGCUGAUGUACAAAAAGGCAAAUACUGGGAUACUCCACUGCACGCUGCUGCUCAACAGUCCAGUAUGGAAAUUGUCAACUUACUGCUAGAGUUUGGAGCAGAUAUUAAUGCCAAAAACACAGAGCUUCUGCGACCUAUAGACGUAGCUACUUCCAGCAGUUUGGUGGAAAGACUGCUGCUUCAACAUGAAGCUACCCCAAGUUCUCUUUGCCAGCUUUGCCGACUCUGCAUCAGAAGCUACGUAGGAAGAUCAAGAUUGCACCUGAUUCCACAACUCCAGUUGCCAACGUUAUUGCAGAAUUUCUUACAGUACCGAUAAAACAGUAAAAUAAUUGUAAACAUUUGAAAGUCAAAAAUUUCUAUUUCUUCUGCAUAGUGUAUAUUUCAUAUUAAAAUAUGCUAAAGGUAGGGUAAAAGUGAGUAUGAGACCACCCAAGGAAGAAGUGAAUGGAAUAUCAGUUUUAAUUUUGUGUACUAGUGAGUACUAUUGUUUUAUGCAUUUUAAUAAUUUUUGGAUGUAGUAUAUUUAAAGUGUCUAUAUCUUAUUAGCUAUUCCUAUAUACCCUUUUGUUGAUUUAGAAAACAAUGAGAAAUUCUCCAUUUUAUGUUUUUUCAGAGUGGAAAAGAAAAAUGUUAACUCUUACUAAAAAUAUUCACAUAUUAUAUUUUAAAAUGUCUAUAUUCUUCAAUAAUGCGUUAACUUUUUAAUUUUGACACCUGUCAUUGAUUAUCACAGUAUUUUUGAUAUUAAUACAAA